ACAGAAGAAGUGCGUCAGUCACUGAACCUGCACAAUGGACCUAAUUUAUCUUAGCACUCAAAUUUCUACCCCCGUGUACAAUGACUUCAAGUCAUCUAGUCAAUUUUCAUUGGUUAAUUGGAUAGCCAGUGUUAACCAAUCACAAGGCGAAUGAACUUUUUUUUAUUAUUAAAGAAUCCUUAAAUUUAUUUGUAAUCGGAUUAUAUUCUUCAAGUUAUCACUGAAAGAAUUAGGUGUACUCUGGAAGAUACAUAUAAAUAUUUUUCUUUGAAUUAAACCUAAAAGGAGAGGGAAAUAAAUUAUUCCAAGGAUGUUAAAAAAGUCUAUCUCAGCAAAACCUCAGCGAUGUUUAUUUAGUUCUCUAGAGAAUACUUUAUGCAUAGAUUCUCAAAAUGAUAAUAAUAAAUGUUGUCAAGAGAAAUUAACACAAAUAUGUCAACAAAGCGUAGAAGACUUUCGUCAACGUUACAAUUUCGAUUUGAAUCUUAUGAAAUCUGUUGAUGAGAAUAAUGCAGGCAUUUAUGAAAGUGAUCAAGAAAAUCAGCGUGAGAAUAAUGCACCAACAUGCAAAUGCACGUGUCAUGAUGCUCAUCAAAAGCUUCCAUACAAACAAAGAUGGAAAUGGGAACAGUUAGACUGCAGAAAAGUUUACAUCCCUCCAUUCUACUUGAACACUGUAUAUCAUUCAGACACUUAUUUACACUUACAAUCAGAAUGCGCUAAUGGACAAUCAGUCCCACCAAAUACACCGCAUAAAUCUACGAGGAUGAAAUCAAGACGAAUUUAUCAAACCAACAGAUUCGAUUCUGAGGUGGAUUUAUCCACGUCAGAAGAUUCUUUAGUGUUCAGUGAAGUGGAUAGGAAGGUGUCACAUGUAACAGUUCCAGGAGACUGUAUUUCUCUGCCUUCAUCACCAUCAUCAUCAGCAUUGUCAUUAUCACGACUCCAUGGUGCCCGAAUUCGAAACCAACUGGAUAAUACUAGUUUGUCCAGUUCAAUGCAAGAUUUGAGUGCUACCCUUGUGAGAAGUCAAAGUGAAGGCAAAUGUGUCCAAACGAAUCGCCUUCAACGUGUCGUGAAUCCAAGAAUCAAUCGAUUUAAUGAUUCUUCUUGUGACUCCUAUACAUAUUCUAACGCCAAUGACAAGAAAUCCAUGAAAACAGUGGGAAUUUCCUUAAAGUCAAGUGGAAAGUGGACUAGUUGUUCCUCUGUUACAAGAAUAUCAAAUUUGAAACAAUUAAAAUUAACGGACAUGUUCCCGGUGAAUAAAACUGUUAAAUCUACAACCUCAUGUAACAACAGUCUACCGACCUCGAAUUAUGUAUUACAAAGUGUAAAUAGAAUAUUCUGUACAUACGAAAGAACACAAGAAUCACCUGGAUGA